AUGUCUUUUAGGAGUAUGAUUAUGGAUAGGAAGGGAUUUGAGAUGAAAUUUGGGUAUGGUAUGAGAUCAAAAUCACAGUCACACUGUGAUGUUGAUGUUACCGAUAGUUCUUUGGUGGUUGAUGGAUUGAAGCAGAGUUGUUGGGCUAACAUGCCUUCUGAGCUUUUGAGAGAUGUGCUUAUGAGAAUUGAAACUUCGGAUGAUGCUUGGCCGGCCCGUAAAAAUGUUGUUGCAUGCGCUGGUGUUUGUCGGAGUUGGAGAGAACUCAUGAGGGAAAUUGUCAAACCUCCUCAAAUAUCCAGCAAGUUGACAUUCCCUAUCUCCUUGAAGCAGCCUGGUCCAAGGGACUCUCUCAUUCAGUGCUAUAUCAAACGAAAUCGUAACAGCCAAACAUAUUAUCUUUUUCUAUGUUUAAACCAAGCCUCAACUGAUGACGGCAAGUUCCUUCUUUCUGCACGCAAGUGUCGGCGUGCAACCCACACCGACUAUAUCAUUUCUCUAAACCUUGAUGAUGUAUCAAGAGGGAGUAGCACCUACGUUGGGAAAUUGAGAUCAAACUUUCUGGGCACCAAAUUUACCGUGUAUGAUGCACACCCUCCAAUUUAUGGAGCCAAAGUUGCAAAGUCUCGUUCCACCAAGCUAGUUAGUCUCAAGCAAGUGUCUCCAAGAGUUCCUGCUGGCAACUAUCCCUUCGUGCAUGUCUCAUAUGAUCUGAAUGUUUUGGGCUCUAGGGGACCUAGGAUAAUGCAAUGUGUUAUGGAUUCCAUCCCUGCCACAGCUGUUGAACCUGGAGGCGAGGCCCCGACACAGACACAUUUUCUUCACAGCAGAAAUGAUACUUCUCCAUCUAUUCCAUUCUUCAGAUCAAAAUCAACCCGCACAGAGAAUCUUCAAUCCGUAGUACCUUUGACUAGUCAAGAUGAUGGAAUGCUGGUGUUAAGAAACAAGGCUCCUAGGUGGCACGAACAACUCCAAUGCUGGUGUUUGAACUUCAACGGACGUGUGACAGUUGCCUCAGUUAAAAAUUUCCAACUGGUCGCUUCUCCUAGAAAUGGAGUUUCUGAGCAGGCCCAAGAAAAUGUUAUUCUACAGUUUGGAAAAGUUGGAAAGGAUGUAUUCACCAUGGAUUACCAGUAUCCAAUCUCCGCCUUUGAAGCAUUUGCAAUAUGCCUUAGCAGCUUCGACACCAAGAUUGCUUGCGAAUGA